AUGGAUUCCAAAGCCACCCUGGGCAGUAUCCAGAAAGCCGUCUGGGACGGAAGGCUGCCGUUACAGAUCACCCUGGCUCCAUCCGAGAGCCGCACCUAUGAUCAGACAGAUCCAUAUCUUAUUGCCUGUCCCCGCAUCUCAUAUCUGCCAUCUCUCUUGCCGAGGUUGAGAGCGUUCUUUGCCUCCUCCUUAAUCGACCCCAACUCCCGUCCGCACGAAGGCUGGUUCUCCUUCGAGGGCGUCCCGCUGAAAUGGCAUUACCCUGUGGGCUUGCUAUAUGACCUCUACGCUGGAGCGGACCCUGCUUCCAAGGGAGGCCGCGAUACCGAUCUGGCAUCCACGACAGAUGGAGAUCCAUUGCCAUGGUGUCUGACCGUGCACUUUAGCGACUGGCCCGAUGGGGAACUCGUUCGACUGGAUCCAGACGGCAUAGUGCUGCACGACGCGUUUAUUAACAGUGUGAAAGAGGCGGAUUUUCUCAGGAAUGGAACCGCGAAAGGCAUCAUGACUCUGUCCAAGGAAGAUUCCUCGGGACUUUGGGAGGCAGUUCGAGAUGUGGACCUCUUAUCAUUCCAACGAAUAUCCAACAUCCUCAUCCCACCGCCGUCGCAGCCAUUCCGCAAUGUCCCUAUCCGGCUCUUUCUUCCUCUUCCUCCGGACUCGGGAUCGCCUUCUUUGAAAGUAGUCCAGUCGCCCAUCCCUCCAAUCAUUCCGCCAUCCUCCGCAUCUAUCGCCGCAAGUCAAUCCAUCCUAUCGACAAGAGGUCCUCAACUGCAGACCAUCGGAUCCGCAUUGCACUCGCUACUACCGCAUCUGUUUCCCAGUCGGAGGACUCCAGUCUUGGCAAAGCCCGUGCUGCAUGGCGCAGCGGUACCCAUGAGUGCUCCGGUGGAGGAAGUGGCGAGAUGCUCGGGGUAUGGCGAUGGGUGGGUUUAUAUCGUGAUCCGGAUGAUGGGAUAA